CAAAGAUUUUUAUAUGACAGAAAAAAUAUUCAUACAUGUACAUAGAUUACAUCACAUUUUUCAGGUCUUAGGCCAACUUAUAGAAAAAUUGCAUGAAGAUGAGAAAUAUCCAACUUUUCUUGAAGAGUUACUGGAAGCAGUUGAUAUGCUCAUACAACAAGUCUACAUAGGGAUAAACAACGGAGAUAAUGAGUUCCUAAAAAAAGACGAAUACACACAAAGACUAUUACUACUAAACAAAUCCUACCACAUACAACAGCAUACCUUAGAAAACAUAUCGAAAAUUCUAGAAAAAUUCCAUUCAAAAGUUAAUGAACCAGAAUCAACAUACGAACUAACUAAUAUCGACGAAAUUGAAAACAUAUCAUAUAUAUUUCACAUAUUAGAAAUAUUAAUAAAAAAGUACUUAAGAAAAAAGCAAAUUUUCAGUCAAAAAAGUAGCCAAUCACAGGACGAAGAGAAAUAUUUAAAAAAGAGUUCCAUAACGGAUAUUUGGCGAAAAAAAUGGAAUCCUACGCAAAAAGUUUUCGAGGGUAGUCGUGAAAAGAAAUGCGUUUUGAAAGAUUGUAGUGAAAUUUUAAACAAAAUUGUAGUUGACUGUGUGAGCCAGUACAGUUUGGUCGCCUAUUCUGCGCUAAGAUGUUUUAAUUCUAUGCAAUCUUAAUAAACAUGCUGUAGCAAUAUGCGAAUAUUUUUCGACGAUGCACUAAAUCAGUGCGAAAAUUAUCAAAAUCGGAGGAAAGGUUUUAAUGUUUGUUACUUUGUAAAAAAUCUGCUACAAUAUUCCCGAGUAACAUUAAACAUAGGCUGUACUUAAUCCCGGCAGUAGUUCACAUGGGACGCGGAUGAAAUCGCUGAAAAACGGGUAUUACCUAUGUAAAUAUUUACUUACUAUUUUUAAAUAAUAAUUAUAUAACUAUAAUAUUUUGUACAGUUAGAAGAUUCUUUUCGUUCUAAAAUUAAUUCUAAAGGGAUCAUGUAGGCAGAUGUAGGUAAUUGUAAAAUAUUGUAUGUACUAUAAUAAUAUGUAAAAAUAAAAUUGUA